ACGGCUGUAGUGUAAACAAGCUGAAAUCUGAUCGCUUCUUACUGAGAGCAGUAAACAUGUCCUUAUUGCUGUAAUUACACCCCGAUAUGGGCGCGUUUUAUUGGUAUUAUUUACUUCCACAAUGAAUUUAGUAAUAUCAUAACUGGCUGUGCGUAAAGGCGACUCAUCCGCUGUGUGUAAAACGGAGCUAGCUAUCAUUAGAAUUAGCUUAGCAUAAGCUUCCGGGCUGGCCUCGGCUGUGUGACUGGGGCAGGAGGCGCUGUGUCCGGAAUAAGAGCUGUGUGCACAACCGCUGAAGCGACGGGGAACAGGAUUGGGAAGCAGCAGGGGGAAGCGGCGGCCGGUGCCGAGCCUGUAGAGAAGAUGGCAGGCAGCCCGGAGAAGAGCUGCUCCUCAGCUCAGGAGCUCAAAGAGCAUGGCAACCGACUGUUCCUCUGCAGAAAGUACCAGGAAGCUGUUACCUGCUACAGCAAAGCUAUCAAUCGAAACCCAUCCGUUGCAGUGUACUACACUAACCGAGCGCUGUGCUAUGUGAAGCUGCAGCAGUAUGAUAAAGCAUUGGCUGACUGUAAACAUGCACUGGAGCUUGACAGCCAAUCAGUGAAGGCACAUUUCUUCCUGGGUCAGUGUCACCUGGAGCUGGAGAACUAUGAAGAGGCGAUUGGAAAUCUACAGAGAGCGUACAACUUGGCAAAGGAGCAGCGACUGAACUUCGGUGAUGACAUUCCAAGCGCGUUGCGUUUUGCCAAGAAAAAACGCUGGAACAGCAUGGAGGAGAAGCGCAUCAGCCAGGAGAACGAGCUGCAUGCCUAUCUCACCAAACUCAUCCUGGCUGAGAGGGAGAGGGAAAUUGAGAACUACAGAGAGAAGCAGAGUGAUGAAAAUCAAGGUGACAGUGAGAUCAGCAAGAUCAAAACCAAACAUGAUAAAUACCUGGUGGACAUGGAUGAGCUCUUUUCUCAAGUGGACGAAAAGAGAAAGAAGCGAGAAAUUCCGGACUAUCUUUGUGGAAAAAUCAGUUUUGAGCUGAUGAGAGAACCAUGCAUCACACCGAGCGGCAUCACAUACGAUCGAAAAGACAUCGAAGAGCAUCUACAGCGUGUUGGACAUUUUGACCCGGUGACCCGGAGUCCACUGACCCAGGAUCAGCUGAUUCCCAAUCUGGCCAUGAAGGAGGUGAUCGACGCCUUCAUCCAGGAGAACGGAUGGGUGGAGGACUACUGACACACACACACACACUCAAACACACACACACAGACACACACACUCACACAGACACGCUCACAGACUCGGACUUGUAGACGAUGGACAGUAGGGGAGGGUGUGAGGGUGUAUGUGUGUGCACUUUAAACAGGGGGGGGUCUCUCUCUGACACCCCCCAAUGCUGGAGGUCCUCAGGUCUCCCCCUAUCUGUCUCAAUCUGCCUUAUGUUUGCGUCUCUUGAUCAUUAGUAUAUAUUAAAUGUAUAAUAAUGCUGUUCUCUCUCGCUGGCAAUCUGAUCUAUACCACUCUACUAUCUUCUCCAUCUACCUACCUCUAUCCUUCUGCUUUCCAAUUGUUCUCUCGGGCUUUGU